GCUAUGAGUAUUUGUCCCGAGGGUAGCUUUUUGUAGUGCUUAGUCGCACUUGAUGAACGCGGUGCUUUAAACGAAUUGUAUUCUCUGCCCACUUAACGUCUGUAAGCAAUGUCAUUCAUAAUGAUGAAGAAAAAGAAAUUCAAAUUCAAAGUGGAUUUUGAGUUAGACGAACUGUCUUCUGUUCCCUUUGUCAACGGCGUCCUGUUUUGCAAAGUCAGACUUACCGACGGGGGCUUUACUGAAGAGUCGUCAAGGGAGGCGGUUCAGGCCAACUGUGUUCGUUGGAGGAAAAGGUUCUCCUUUCUGUGCAAAAUGAGUGCCAAUGCAGGGACUGGUGUUCUGGACCCAUGUGUGUGUAGAGUCUCGGUGCGCAAGGAGAUGAAAGGCGGGAAGACAUUUGCUAAGCUUGGGUUCACUGACCUGAACCUGGCCGAGUUUGCUGGCUCAGGGAACACCACCCGCCGCUGUUUGCUGGAGGGCUACGACACCAAGAACACCCGGCAGGACAACUCCAUCCUCAAGGUGGUUAUCAAUAUGCAGUUGAUGUCAGGAGACCCCUGCUUCAAAACCGCUCCAUCCACUGCCAUGACGAUUGGGAUCCAAGGAGAGGCGGAGAGCUUGCUGGAGUCACGCAAGGGGGAGACAACAAAGUCCUGUCCGGCUUUAGCAGUAGAGCACCCCAGGAAGUGUGGCUCCGUUCCUGAAGAACUGGGGAGCGGGGGCCACUCCAGAACCUCAAGUUACGCCAGCCAGCAGUCCAAAGUCUCAGGCUACAGCACAGGUCACUCGCGCUCCUCCAGCCUGACAGAGCUCACCCAUAAGAGGAACACGUCGGUGGGCAGUGCAUCCACGGGGGUGGGCAGCAUGCCCGAGGCCAAUGAGGAGCGGGAAUCCAAAUUGGUGCGCCCCACUUCAGCAGCCUGUGCCCUCGUGCCAGAGUGUCUGGGGGCCCCACAUAAGAGCGCCUCAGCUGAGAGGCUCUACAGGCAUCCAAUGAAGCAGGACUCUGUAGAGUGUCAGCUGAAGAGGUUCGAUGCCACCAGGGUGGACGCUGAUGACAUUGUGGAGAAGAUCCUCCAGAGUCAGGACUUUAGCCAUGGCCUGCUGGACUCCAGUGCUGAAGAGGAAGGUCUCCGACUGUUUGUGGGCCCCGGUGGCAGCACAGCCCUUGGCAGCCAACACACCAGGGUCGGUGUGGGUGCUUAUGAACAGGUGGUCAUCAAGCGCUAGGCAGAGACAGCAGUUGGGGGCAGUAACCGAAUUUAGUGCUGGGAGACGGACGGACCGACAAACGGACACAGAGACAUGACCGCCUCGAGGCUCACGGAGGUGCACUUUAUCACGCCGUCUCCAGAAGAGGGCGCUGUGGACACCUGGCUGAGAACAUUCACAAAGGUCUGCUCUCCACCACUGCAGGGACCUACUGUAAAGCUGCUGGGCCCGUCUUGUUCAUUCAGUUGCUGGUUUAGACAGCAUCCAUGGUAAGAGGGGAUCACAGAAGCCCACCUUACGGAUGCAGAACAGCUGGUGUUAAGAUAACAUUGCUUUCUCCUCAUCUUGAUUAGCUACUCUAGCAGGGAGCACAUCCAAAGAUGGGUGAAAUAUUCUAGGAUAAAAUAAACAGGUGCAUCUUUGUUACUGUCAUGUGUCUGUAUAUGUAAAGAAACUAUCUGUCUUGAGGACAAAACAAACAAACGUGUAGUUGGGUCUUAUAGCCAGGUUUGCUGCUAAAUUAGUAAAUCAGUUGCUAAAUUUGCCUUAAUACAAAAUAUAAACACUUUGUCUGUUUGAACAGUGAGAGUGACAUAGUAGUUCCUCUUACUGUGUAAUGACAUUAAUGUGGCCUCACAUAGACAUCUGGUUAGAUUCAGUUAUGGUUAGAGUAUCAUAUGAUUAACUGCCAUUCAGGUUAGGGUGAGGGGGCCAGUCAUAAUAAGCUACAAAGAGUGCAAGAGAUUGUCAGGAGAUUUGGCGCCAUGUAGACCCUGUGGAGUAAACAGAAUGGAGUGGUGGACUGAGGGGAAAAAACAAAAACCCAACUCACUGUGGUGAAGCUGUCUUUUACUGGCCCAGAUUUACCAUUGUACAAUGUAAAGAGGACAUCCACAUACCUCUGAACUCCAUUAAAUAUUUUUGCUGGAUACAUUACACAAAAUAACUUGAAUACUUAUAAUAAAUAAGCAAUGUAGUAAUAUAGAUUAUAUAAUGGUUACCAAAUGCAGUAAGUGAAUUUAGUCAGUCUGUGUACCAGAAGAGAGUAAUCGAAACAUAGCUCUGGGGAAGCAAAUGAUUUCACUGUCUAAGAAUAUUUUAACGAGUGGACCGUGAACCAGAUUAUUUAUUUUUAAGUGUAUUUUCAUACCCUAGAAAACACACUUGACUCAACCGUUUAUGCUGGUCAUAAAUAUAAGUAAUAGAAAUGAGUAUAGAGACUUCUUUUUUCAACUGAUGAUACAGUUUAAUACAUUUCAAAAGGAAGAGGACUCUUUGCAAGUUUGUGCUAAAGGCGUUUGUUGAAUGAAUUUUGCAGCCCAUAUUGUGGUUAAUUAUGUGCAUUUAAAUGCAAUUUUCUGUUUUGUUGUGAUUAGCAUUUUUUUUCUUGCUGAAACUUAAACAACUACUGUUUUAAUCAGAAUACAGUAUCUGUUGGUGAAUUAUUUAUUUAAACGUUUAAUGGGAGGAAGUUCCACCCAGUGUUCAUUGUGGAAAAGUGAACAAUUCUGCCAUAUGAAGCAUAAAUGUGCAUGCUCUGUGAUCAUAAGGCUGCAUGUGUUCACUACAUUGUACCAGAAGCAACAUAUACUUCUUAAUGAAGGAAGAAAAUGUUUGUUUCAUUGUUCUUUUUUGCCAAAUGGUUAAUGAUUACUUAAUUACCCACCCUGUUUGAGCUUUGCUCUGAAUGUAAUAUGAUGGUGCCAUCUGAUUGCAUUGUGCACUUGUUUUGUAUUCAUUUCCUACCUUUGCUUUGUUUUACUGUUCAAUUUUUCAAGUACAGCACCAUUGUUUCUCUUGUCAGUUUUUUUUGUUGUUAAAUGCACACCACGUACAAUGUAAUUCAGAAGUGGUUAAUAAAUGAAAAUUAUCAAC